UCCAUUUCUCCAAAGCCAUGAAUCAUUUCCUCCUAGGAUUCCUAAUAUUUUCUUCCCUCCCACUACAUUUGGUGUUUUCUUCUCAUUGCACAACAGUUACUAACACCAAAACCUUCGAGAAAUGUAUGGCAUUACCUAGCCAAGAUGCCUCUAUAGCUUGGACGUUUCAUGCACACAAUGCCACUCUUGAUCUUGUCUUUUUUGGAACUUUUAUAUCCCCUUCAGGUUGGGUAGGAUGGGGUAUGAACCCUACUUCGGCCGAGAUGACCGGAACACGUGCCCUUAUCGCCUUUCCGGACCCAAACUCCGGCCAGUUGGUCCUUCUACCCUACAUUAUAGACCCCACUGUGAAACUACAAAAAGAUCCACUCCUUUCGCGGCCUUUGGAUGUUCAUCUCCUCUCUUCUUCUGCCACCCUAUACGGUGGCCGCAUGGCCACGGUACAUAAUGGUGCAACCAUUCAAAUAUAUGCAACAUUAAAACUUGUACCAAAUAAAACCAAAAUACAUCAUGUUUGGAACCGAGGAUUGUACGUCCAAGGUUACUCUCCAACCAUCCAUCCGACGACUGCUAAUGACCUUUCAUCCACAGCCACCAUUGAUGUUUUAUCCGGCAUUGCAGCCAAAGGAAACAACAACAACAUUUACACACUUAAAAUCAUUCAUGGGGUCAUAAAUGCCAUCUCCUGGGGACUUCUGCUACCGAUUGGUGCCAUCACAGCACGAUAUUUUCGACACAUUCAAGCACUGGGGCCUGCAUGGUUUUAUGCUCAUGCAGGGAUACAACUUUUUGCAAUUUUCAUAGGAACUGUUGGAUUUGCCAUUGGUAUUAGGCUUGGGGAACUGUCUCCAGGGAGAGUUUUUGGGCUGCAUCGAAAACUUGGGUUCGCGAUAUUUUGCUUGGGAUGGCUUCAGACUCUUGCUCUGUUGUUUAGGCCUAAAACUACAAAUAAGUUUAGGAAGUAUUGGAAAUCUUAUCACCAUUUUGUAGGAUAUGCUUGUGUGGUUAUAGGGGUGGUUAAUGUUUUUCAAGGAUUUGAUGUCAUGGGUUUAGGUCGAUCUUAUGCUAAGUUGGCCUAUUGUUUAGGCCUCUCUACGUUGAUUGGCGUUUGUAUAGCGUUGGAAGUGAAUUCUUGGGUCAUUUUUUGUAGAAAGGCCAAAGAAGAAAAGUUGAGAAGAGAAGGAUUCAUCAGCGGAUGUUCUGACAAAGCAAGUGGUUCAAGCCGAGGUUAAAUCGAAUCACUACUUUUGGGAGAUUGUACCAUGUGCAUUAGAAGUUAAUACUCUUCGAAAUUGUACAAGUCUCCAUGCACAUGGUACCAGUCAACGUUGUGGUCAACAAAGACUAUAACAUUUGUUGAUCUUAUAUUUGUAAGUCUUCUUUCUUUCUUUUUUUCCUUGAAAUCAAAAAGUUGCAAAAGUUUUGUAGAUUUGUUGUGCAAUAUGAGAAAAUUGGUUUUUUGAUGGUAAAAUACCAAAACAAAGUAUUACUUUAUCUUUC